AUGCCGAUGGAGGGUCGGGCAGGAACAAGCGGCGGGGAUCGCGGCGGGGAUCGCGGCGCGUGGUCGCCUAGCAGCAGCACGGCCGUCGAAGCGCUGAUCUGGAAGGCUGUCGUCGCCGACACAUCCGACGGCUGGGAUUCCUGGACGGACGAAUCAGAUUCUACCGCGGCCUCCUCACAGUCAUUACAGGGCUUCAAUGCGCUGACGGGAUUGAUCGGAUUCGACGGCCCCGGGCCGGUCGCCUCUCCGUCUGCUGCCGCCGGCUUCGCCGCUGCCGCUUCUCAAGAUUCGGCAGGGCACCGCCGAACCGCGCUUGGGAUCGGUUCGCUAUGGUGGUGGCAGUUUCUGGUCGGCUUUCGAGCCGCCGCGAGCGCUCCAACCGUCGGAAGUAACGCCAGGCGGGAUGACUCGUGGGACUACCAGCAUUGGGAUUGGUCGCGAUUUGGCUCUUCUGUUUCGGCCCCGCCUACAGUCCAGGGACGCGGGGAGGGGGUGUGGCGGGGGCGUUUGCAGGAAUGGCGCGGGGAGAUGACGCAAUGGCGGGGCUGGUGGCGGAAGCUGUUGGGGGAAUGGGGCGCCACGGCGGCAGCUGCGGCGGGAAGUGCGGCGGCAGGGGUUUUCCUGCUGAACGUGCUCGCGGCGCUUUAUGGCACGAGCACCGUUGCCGCCAAGCUCGUUGACGACCAGCCCGUGUCGCUGCCGUCAUCUCUGACGGCCGCCGUCAGGUUCACCGCGGCGGCCGUCGUCUUCUCCCCCGUCAUCUUCGCCAUCCUGUCGGAGCGGAACGCGCGGAACCGCGGGGAAACGGCGGGGGUUCCGCGAAACGGCGGAGCUGGAGCGGGGAACCCGGCUGCAGGCGGAGCAACGGCGGACGAGACGGGGGUGCGCGGGAAGGAAGGGCGCGCGGAAGAGGGUGCGCUGGAGGGAACGAACAGCAGGCGGGAAGGCGAGUGGUGGCGGGAGGAAGGAGUGAUACUAGGGGGGAUGGAGCUGGCGGGAUGGAGUUUCCUGGGCACGCUGCUGCUGCAACACGCGAGCAACACCAACGGCACCACCGCCGCUCUGCUCUACGCCUUCUCCAUCUGUUUCCUCCCGCUCAUGGAGCUCUCGUCCGGGCGCGCGCUCCACCGCUCCACGCUCCUCGCGGUCGUCGCCGCAUUACUCGGCAUGGGGCUACUGGGAGAGUACCACCACGCGCACUCUCUCCUCCUCCUCCUCCUCCCCGGCAGCGGCGGAGCCGACUCCGACACCGGCGCGCCGGGCGCGCUCCUCUCCCUUGCGCGGAGCUUCGACCUGAGCUCGAUCCUCGGGUCGCUCCUCGCCGCCGUGCAGAUCUUCCGCUCCGAAGCGCUCACCACGCGCUUCGACCCGCUGCGCCUCUCCGCCGUGCAGGCCGGGUCGCUCGCGCUGCUCGGGGUCGGCUGGGAAGCAGUACACGUGGCAGGCGGCGGCCUCCACGGCGUAUUGCGGCUCGCGGAGGAGAUUAAAGCCAUCCCGUGGCUCCCGCUGGUGUACGGAGGCGCGGUAGGCUCGGGGCUGUGCGUGUGGUUGGAACUAUGCGGAUUAAGGCGCGUUCCGGCUUCUAUAGCGAUGCUGGUGUACACUUCCAUACCCGUUUGGGGCGCGCUGUUUUCGUUUGCGGUGAGGGGCGAGGCGCCUGGGGUUUCAGUGGCAACGGGGGGAGCGAUGAUUGUGGGGGAAGCGGUCGCACAGGCAGGAGUCGCCGAGGCAGCAGUCGCACAGGCAGCAGUCGCACAGGCAGGAGUCGCACAGGCAGGAGUCGCACAGGCAGGAGUCGCAGCGGGCGCGGGACAGCAACGAGCGGGUGCAUUGGCAAACGGGCGCAUUCGAUGGCGGGUGCUGGGCGACGCGGAAGCCGCGCAGCAGGCGGAGAGAAUGGGAUGGGCGGAAAGCGCGGAGAGGGCGGAAAGGGGAAAAGGGGCGAAAGCAGGGCGGCGGAAGCAGAGGAAAUACCAGGCGGAGAUCCUGGGGACGGUUGGAGAGGUUGAGAUGGGGAAGAUAGGGGAGGUGGGCGCGAGUGAACCUGGAGAGGAAAUGGGAAAGGGCGGAGAGAACAGCAGCAGCAGCAGCAGCGAUGGCGGAGGCGGCAGCGGCAGCAAGGGGCAGAUGAGGGAGCAGAUAUCAGUGGCGCUGGUGACGUCGCAGCUCAAGUACCCAUGCUAUGCCGUGCAGGCGAAGCGAGUGCUGGUGGAGCUCCAAGUCAACCUUGGCCUCGCUUCUUCUGCUGGCGUGGCUGCUUCUGCAGCCUUUAGCACUGGCUCGUCUCUUUCUGCCCUCUCGCCCACUGCUGCGCCUCUCUCCACCACCACUGCAGCAUCACCGGGCCCUGCAUCAGCAUCUAACCCCACUCCAGCCACUCCCGCUCCUGCUAUUCCUGCUCCUACCACUGGCAGUCCUGCUGGUUCUGGGAGCCCCUCCAGUCCCGGUUCUAGCGGCACAGGACCAUCUUCAACCACCAGCACUUCGACCACCUCCUCCUCUGCCUCAUCGCCCUCUGCAGACACACCACAUGCCACAGCUGCCAAGGCACAGCCAUCCGCACAGUCACCUGUAUCAGAUCCCUCUCUCAGCAGUUCUGUCUCAGCAUCAUCAUCACCAGCAUCAUCACCGUCGUCGUCGUCGUCAUCGUCAACAGCAGCAGGGGAUGGGUCAGGGGCAGCGGCCAUGGCUGCAGCAGGGGCAAUGCAGGCAGUCGAGGCAGAGGCGGAACUGGGCGCCGCUGCUGCUGGCAUGGCUGAGACGGCCAUGAGAGAGCAGAUGCUGGGAGAACAAAUGCUGGUAGAGCAAUCAGCAUUGUUGGGGGAGCACCUGACACUGGCUACUGAACAGCUAUUGGCGCUAGAUCCAGCAGCCCUGGCAGAGGAGCUCAUCAUGCCAGAGGCGGUUGCCAAGAGUAUCCCACAAGUUGCUGAGAAGCUUCCGACUGUCGCUGAGAACCUUCCGAGAAUCGUUGGGGAGCUUCCAAAGGAGGUGUUUCAGGGGGUAGCCCAGGAGUCCUCGGUUGUGCUGGCAGGAAUGGAAGCGGGACUGGAAGCAGAAGUGGAGGCAGUUUUGGAAGUGGGUGCGUCGGCCGCCGCUGCAACAGCUGCGGUCACGGCUGAGCUUUCAGGAGCCAUUGAUUCAGUACUGGCGAUGGAAUCGCUUUCGCUAGUGCAGGCACUUGGCGCGGCGGUUCCGCAGGAGAGCGCGCAGGACAACUCGUCUUCCGCGCCCACCGCCCCGUCCGGAUCCCCCGCUUCCGCCACCCCACCUGCGCCUGUGGCUCGAUGGGCGGAAAUACAGUUCAGUGACGACGACAACGACGAGCGGGAGCUGCAAGUGAUAUGGCGCGAGUACAAGGCGGCGGGCAUGCAGGACUCGUUCCGGUUUCUCGGAAUCUUCCUGGAGUCCUUUAUACGGAUAUACGAGGACUGGAAACCCGAGCCCCCUCAGAGGGACAAGGCCAGCAGCGGCAAGGGGGGAGAUGGGGGGCGCAUGCGCCUGGGGUUCCGCUCUAGUGGCGGAGAUGGGGGAGCUGGGGCGAGGGGCACGAUUGUGGGGUGCGCCCAGGGCCAUCCGACGGCUGUAAUUCAGCAAAUGGUGUUUGAGAUCAAGAACACCAUUCCGGCCAUCCUAGAGAUGGAGUCUGAUGACCUGUCAGACCGGGCCUUUGUGCUCAACCUGCUGUGUGCGCUCACCAUUGCGCUGCGCUCCGCACACAACCGCCGCGUCUUUGCCUUCUACGAUGGAUACGCCGCUCUCACCAUCCUAUUUAAAGACGUAGUUGCUCAGUUCAAAUCCGUGCAAGGCAUGGCAACAGCAGGCAGGCAGCGCCACUCCCGCCCCACCUCCCCCGGUACCUCCUCCCCCCCAUCACCCGACGCCUCCGCCUCGGACCCUCUUCUCUCCCCCAUCCACCCCCCUUCCUCCGCCUCUUCCCGCCAACCCCCCCCCUGGGGGGGAGCCGGCUCCGGGAUUUCUGAUCCGCAUGAGACAAGCCAAGCCGGCCACACGCGGGUCAGGGGGAGCGGCAGCGGGGGAGGAGGGGAGGGAGGGGGAGGGUCGAGUAACCAGGAGUUGCUGAUGCAGCUGCGCCGGCAGCAGAGAGAAAAGCAGCAGCGGCGGCAGCAGCAGCAGCGGCGGCAGCAGCAGCAGCAGUAUAGUUCAGCAGAGCAGUCAAAUCUCUUUGCCCCGAAUCUGUUUGCGGCGAUUGGGGGCGGGAUUGGGGGGCAUAUGGGGGGAGGGAUGGGGGGCGCGGGAGGGAGGGGGGGAGGGAGUGGGGGCAGUGGAGGCGGGGAUGGGAGUGCGGAUGUGGAGGAGGGGAGUGCGCGGAUGAGUCAAGUGAUGGUAGACCUUCACGGCAUUGACUCACUGCUUGAGCUGCUGCACAUAUUCCGAGUGGAGCAGGACAGGGGCAACAGGGCAGCGUCCCCUUUGCUGCUGCUCUCCCUGCAGCUGCUUCGCCUAGCGUCCGCGCUCAGCCGCUCUGCUCACCGCACGCUCUGCAACUGCGGCAGCCUCUCCCUGCUCGUGCAGCUGCUGGGAAGGCCGCCUUCCUCCAGUAUUCCCGAGGGCGAUCAGCUCGCAUUGGAGGAGCACUUGGGAGUGCAGCUGCUGGCGCUGGUGGUUAUCCGAGAAGCAUGCUACGCGUCCCCCACGUGUCUCGCACGAUUGCACUCCCUAGCGCUCUUCCCCCGCGUCUCCCGCCUGCUGCAGUGGGCUGCGCGUACCUUCUCCGCGCCCCCUCUCCCCUCCUCCGCGGAAAGCUCCCUCAUGCCUCCGCCCCCUCUCCCCGCCUCCUCCUUCCUCUCCACCUCCGAUUCCACUCUCACAAUUGAUGUGCGACGGUCCCCCAGCACUUCCAGCAGCUACGAGGCGAGCAAGUUUGAGGAGUUCACAGGAGCAGCCCUAGCAGCAGCAGGCGGCGUGGGCACAGUAGCUGCACGGGCACUUCGCCGCAUCGCCUCCCCGAACCUGCCCCCUUCCUCAGGCACCAAAUCCUCCUCCCGCCCUAACUCCCCGUCUAUCUUUGCGGUUGAUCCGCAUGGUGUGGCCGCUGCGAAUGUGGCUGGUAGUAGGAUGCUGUCCCCUCUCUUGCACCCGUUUGGGUUGGAUGUGAGGGGCGGGGGGGAGGGGGGCUUGGGCGGAGGGGGAGGAGGAGGGGGAGCGGACGGAGCGCUUGAGUAUGUGGCUGUGGGGGAGAGUACGGAGGCUGAGACGCUGCGGAUGAACGUGGUGGCUUUCCUGGAAGUUGCUGCAUCGCUGGAUGGGUUGACAAAUGUGGAGCCUGAAUGUGCAGCGCUGCUGACAGCACUGAGGCAAGCUGCGAUCUGCGCCUCUGCGUGCGUCAUGCUAGCGCGCUGCUUCCAGCGCCUGCAGCAGAUCGUGGGCGAUCUCUUUGUGGAAGCAAUCAUAGCCGUCGAUGCGCUCGCCACCAUCGCUGCGAUCAUGACACGUCAGCAGCAGUACCGCCCCGCUGCUGCUGCUAUCGCCGCUGCUCCAGCCGCCUCCCUCCCAUUCUCCUUCGCCCCUAUAGGAGGUGCUGGUGCUGGUGGUGGUGGUGGUGGUGGCAGUGCGGUCUCUUCGUCUGGCAGCAGUAGUGGUGGUGGGGGUUUGCAUCAUCCUCAUCACCACCACCACCUUCCCCGCCCCACAUCCCCUCUUCAUGGCUCUCAUUCCUCUGAAGGAAGGAUUUCGGGAGGAGGAGGUGGAAUGACAAGUGCUGCUGGUGGCACUGCUGCUGCUGGUGCAGCUUCUGGUGGUGGUGGUGGGGCGAGUGGGUCUGGAGGAGCAGGAGGAGGAGGCUCGCUGCUCCCCCUCCCCCCCUCUAGACGUGGCUCUUCCUCUUCCGCACUGCCUCUCCCGCCCUCCAUGCCACAAGGUUCAGGGGACGCAGCAGGAGGGGCAGGCAGCGAGGGUGGCACUGGGGUCGCUGGCUCUUCUGCUGCUUCUUCUGGUGGGUUUGGUGCCGGUGGUGGUUCUGGGAGCAGCAUGCAGAGAUUUGGAGGCGGCGGAGCGGUGGAGCGAAGCAGCAGCGCCAGCGCUGCGGACAGAAGCCGGCCAGGCGACGCCAACGCCACCAUCACCAGCAGCAGCAGCAGCGGCGCCAUCAGCAGCAGCAGCGACACCGGCGGCGGCAGCAGCAGCAGCAGCAGCAGCAAGGCGCCGAGUGAGGUGCCGUGGAAUGUGCGCAUGGCUAUAUUCACUCUGUUAGAGGCGCUCCUGGCGUCGUCCACCACCGUGGUGCGAGCAGCGUCGCGCAGCGCUGCUCUGGCAGACACGGUGUUCAAGCUCGUGGUGGAGCAGAAGACACGCUCCAUGGCCCUGCGCCUUGUCAUCUCUCUCAUCAAGGUGUUUGAGUCGACUGUGGCUCUAGCAGACACGGUGUUCAAGCUCGUGGUGGAGCAGAAGACACGCUCCAUGGCUCUCCGUCUAGUCAUCUCCCUCAUCAAGGUACGUGUGUGUGUGUGCGCGCGCACGCGCACGUGCGUGUGUGGGGCACGUUGCUUGUUGGUCGAGUCGAGUGGGCUUGGAAAAGGUGCUGCUCUGGCAGACACGGUGUUCAAGCUCGUGGUGGAGCAGAAGACACGCUCCAUGGCCCUGCGCCUUGUCAUCUCUCUCAUCAAGGUAUCAGAGCCGGAUGCAGCAGGAGAGGGAACGGUGUUUGUGUCGAGGCUAAUGGAGGCCUUUGCGCAUGCCAAGGGAGACAGCCAGACCCACGGGGUUGCCGUGCUAGCUGACCUUCUCACUGCCCUCCGCCACAUCGUCGACUUUGACCCUCCUCGUUUCCAAGAGAUGUUCCUAGAUGCGCAGUGCGGGCUACAUCUACUCUCUCUCCUCAACGGCACGUACCAGCCAGCAGACGGGCAGCAGCUCGCCCUGCAAGUCCUCCGCACACUCACCCGCCUGCUCGCCGGGAACGACACAGCCAAGGCCGUCAUGCGGAGGUUGGGCGAUCCUGGGUAUGCGCGGCUGUCCCAGAUGCUGCUGGAGCAGUACAGGGGCCGGCCGACCGGGCAGCUGCUGCUGUGUGUGAUGGACUUUGUCGUGGAUGGGAGCUUUGCCCCCCGCACCAACAUGCUCAUUCAGAACGAGGAUGCAGUGGUGCUCUUCAUCUCACUCCUCCGCAAGGCAGACGGGCACCUAGUGGGCGAGGGCCUGGAAACCCUGGAAGGCCUCGUCGCCUCCUCCACUGCCAACUGCGCCUCCUGCGUGCGGGCAGGCCUCAUGUGGCUUCUCCUCAACUGGAUGCCGGAAGUCCAAGACGAAAACACCCUCGCUCAAAUCGGCCGGUUGUUAGAGGCGGUCGGAGGGCACAGCAUCGGAGGGAAGGACAUGAGCGCGAUCUUCUCGCUGCUGAGAAGCACCAAGGAUGGGUGCCGGCCACGGCACGCCACGCUGCUGAUCCGCACGCUGCAGGCGCUCGUGAAGGACGACGGGCCGCCGGUGUUUUUCGAGCUGAAUGGGAAGAACUCGGGGAUUGAUGCCGCGGCACGGCCGUUCCGGUUUCCGACGGCGCGAGGGUACACGUUUUGCUGCUGGCUGCGAGUUGAGGCGUUUCCGGCCACGGUUGUUUCGAGCACGAGCGGGGAUGCGGGGAAAGCGGGGAAGCCUGGGGGGGGAGCGGGUGGGGGGUUGGCGGGAGGUGGGGGAGAGGCGGCGGGAGGGGGAGGUGGGUCGGGAGGGAGGGCAGCGGAUGGUCCGUAUGAUGGGGCGAUGGGGCUGUUCCGGUUUAUGACUGAGUUUAAAAGGGGGUGCACUGCGCUUAUCAGCCCAACCAGUCUCAUUGUGCAGGUGCCAGUGGGCAGUGGGGGCAGGGAGCCGGAGUUUAUAUUCAACUACCCCUUCCAUGCCAAGCGCUGGUAUCACAUCGCCAUCUCUCACUCUGUCGCCACCUUUGCCACUGCUGCCACGCUGCGCCUCUUUGUGGACGGCAAGCUCAUCGAGACCGGCCGCAUGGGCUACCCCAAGAUCUACGACCCACUAGUGGAGUGCACUAUAGCCGCAGCGGUCCCUCUCCCAGAAGACCCCGUGGUCCCCCUCCGCAUGCCCACGCACGCGCCCCCUCCUCCCCGCCGCUCCGCUGCGUUCCGCGGCCAGAUCGGCCCCAUAUACCUGUUUGAGGACGCGCUAGUGUCCUCGCAGGUGGAGGGGAUUUACCUGCUGGGUCCCGGGUACAUGUAUUCGUUUCUGCCCGGGGAAUCCGGGCUGCCCAAGGAGGGGCCUGCGGCGCAGAUUCUGUCGGAUUCCAAGGAUGGGCUGUCGGCUAAGAUCGUCGCGAGCUUCAAUGCACAGGCGAGUCAGGGCCGCACCAUAUUCAACACGGCGCCCAUCCUCGACGCACCCUCCGACGCGCCUCUCUGCGACACGGCAGCCAUCAUGCCAGGCGUGCAGCUGUGCUCGCGGCAGCGCGUGCAGGACGUCAUCAACUGCGUCGGAGGCAUCGCAGUGCUCUUCCCUCUCUUCACCCAACUAGACCAACCAGUGGAGGGCCAGCAUCAGCCGCAGCGCUCCUCCCGCUUCAAAGACGAGCCUCCCGCGGGCGUCGACCCGCAUCUAGCCCUGGACGUUAUCGGGUUACUCACGGCGGUGCUAGCAGGGAACCGCACGAGCCAGCAGUACAUGCUCUCCGCGCACGGGUUCGGAGUGAUAAACUUCCUCCUGCAGCGCGUGUCCCCUCAGCACCUCUCUGUGAAGUUCGUUCUCGCGAUGGAGAAUCUCGUCGGGUGUAUCUCCCACGAGCGCGGGACCGAUCAAGGCCUCGCUGAGAUCCUCACCGUCGAUGCCAUCUGCCGGCUGUAUCUCGAUCCGAUGGUCUGGAUUUACACGUCGUACGCAGUGCAGCACGAGCUGUACACGUCCCUCCUGCGCCUGCUAGAGAAGGAAGGAGAGCCAGCGCGCCUCCGUGCCUUCUGCACGCUCCAACGGCUGCUCGACAUGGUCCGGCAGUUCUACUGGGAGAAAGCGCAGGGCCCGCACGCCAUCGGCACGCGCCCCCUCGUGCACCCCGUCACUCGCUCCGUCAUCGCUGUUCGUCCCAGCUCGGCAGAAAUCGCGAAGCUGCGCCUGCUCGUUCUCGGGCUAGCGGACCGAGUCAUUCGCGACGGGCUCUCCCUCCCGGAAGUAAAAGCCGUCGUGGCGUACCUCGAAACAAGCAAGGAUAUAGUAGCGAUGGAAGACGUGCUACACUGCAUGCUGGGUCUUCUCGGCCGCACCCCCUGCCUCUCCUCCGUCCUCUCCCACGUGCAUUCCAUCGGAGGCUGUCACAUCUUCCUCUCGCUCAUGACCCGUUCCCUAGAAGGCGUGCGGCUGCUCGGUCUCCGUCUCCUCGGCACUAUCUUCAGCGCCACACCCACGGAUCGGAGGUCGGGAGCGGACGCGUACGCGUGGGCGUCGAGCACGGGGAGGGAGGCGUUUGAGAGUGCGGGAGGGGGGGAACCGGCGGCCAUGGAGGAGUCGUAUGCGCGCACGCUGUGGACGCAUGUCGAGUCGUCGCUCUCUGCGUUCCCGUUCUCGCCAGCUACUCGCGCUGCGCUGUUUGACGUGCUGCUGGGGGGAGCGAGCUCUAAAGAGGCCAUGCGCAAGUGGUCCAACCUCUACAAGAGCGGACUAGGCCGCUUUCAGGAAGGCCUGCGCGACUCAGCAGGAACAGCAGUGCUAGAAGCAGGGGGGAGCAGCAGCGGGGUCGUAGCCAUCAUGGUCGUCCCCCAGGUCUUACGAGUAGUCUUGCGCUUGCUCCGCGCCUGCACGCCUGAUCUCCGCACCGCCGUGCUCCGGGAUCUACUUGUUCUGCUGGAUUCAGAUGAUUCGAACAUGAGCGUGUUUCUGCAGCAGGUGGGGUGGCAGGACUGGCUGCUGAUGGUGCUGCUCGCGGUUACGAGCGGGCAGCGGGACGGGAUGGGGAUGGGGGGAGAAGGGGACGACUCCGGGGUGAUUCUAGAAGAGGAUUUAGAGUUGGAUGAGUAUGAGGCGGGGAUGCUGGACGAGGAGGAGGAGAUGGAGGGGGAGAGCGAGGAGGAGCAGUUGAUCUGGCAGCUGUUUGCGUGCCUGCAUGCGCAUGCCCUGAUUCAUCUCAAGAACGGUGCGGAGCACAUCACCACCACCAUCACCUACAUCCAGCUGCUCUGCCCUGACCAGGCAUCAGUGUGGACGAAGCGAGUGUUAGCAGACGUGUUUGAGGCACUCUGUGUGCUGUGCCCUUCGGAAGAAACCAUGAACGCCGUUCCCCUCCGCGACAACUUCUCCCUCCUCCUCACUCUGCUAGAUGACUGCACUGUUGACGACUCCCGCCAGCUCUUCCAGGAUGAGUUGAUGGAGGAGGAGGAGACCUUGUCAGGUGGCUAUGUGGACCUUGGAUCCUCCCAACCGCUCAGGAGCACGUUCCCUGACAUACAGCGUCCGCAGCAGCGCUACCAGCGCCCCGAGCUCCCUCCAGACGAAGCAGCAGCGCGCUGGCGCCUCUUCGACCGCGUGUGGGCCUCCUUCUCAGUGCUCUCCGGCGCGCAAGACCCCGCCGCCUCCGCCUAUUCCCAGUCCCAGCUAGAACAGCAGCAGCAGCAGGCCAUGAGCUAUUUCUCCUUAGCUGGAAUCAGCAGGACAGGGCUGGCUUUAGUGGGGUCGGCUGGGGGGGGUGCGGACGGGGGGAGGGGUGCGUCGGGGCCGGGGGAUAAGGCGACGAGGCAGCGGAAUGAGCACUGUUUGCACGUGGCGUUUCGGUUGGUGCUGUUUUAUUUGUAUGAUGCGGAGUUGGAGGCUACGUCGCAGUGCAUGCAGCAGUUUGCGCUGAUUCUGCCCGCGCUGCUGCACUCGUGUGCAGAUACCACCUCUCUUAGAAACCACCUGCACCUCUUCCUCUGGGCUCUGGUGCAGGCUCGGGAGAAGCUGGAGCAGCAGGCUCGGGACCGGCUAGCGGCACGGGAGGCAGGGAGGGAGGCGGGCGCGAGGCAGCACAUAGCAUCACAGCUGAUCCGUGAAGUGGUGGAGAGAGCGAAAUCCGUGCUCGUGGCCUCUAUUGCGGAGAGGCGGCCGGGCGGUGGGGGCAGCGUGGGGGAUUUCUCAGUUUAUAGCCUGUUGCAGCAGGAUCGAGUGCAGGAGGCGGUGAGUGGAAUGGGGAAGGUGACGGGGGAGGUGGGGAGGUGGAACUCCCCCUACCCUUUCUUCCCUCCUCUUCACCCCCGCCCUCUUCUUGUCCCUCAGUUGAAAGAGAAGGAGGCACUGGUGGAGUUGAAGGAGGAGGCGGCGUUGGUGGAGGUGAUAGCAGAGGCGGGAAGAACCAUGGCUUGCUUGAAGGAGGAGGAGGCGUUGGUGGAGGUGAUAGCGGAGCGGCGCAUGCAGGCGCCCGAGGCACUGCGGGGCGAGGUGGGGGAGAGGGAGGCGGUGGAGAGGGAGCUGUUGGAGGCCAUGGAGGAGCACAGGCGCGCCAUACUCACAGAGCUCACCACCGAGGAGAGCAAGAGGCGGGCUACGGUCCGAGUGGGCUACGAGGAGGAGCAACAGUUCCUUGCUGGGCGGUGGAACCAGCUAUUCCGGGACCUCACCAACGAGCGGGGAGCGUGGUCGCCCGGGCGCCUCCCCACAGACGCGCCUGCGCGCUGGAAGCUCGACAAGAUGGAGGACCCCAUCCGCCGCCGCUUCCGCCUGCGCCCCAACUAUCGCUUCAACCCCGUGCUCUGCACUCCCGCCUCCUCAGCCUCCACUACCUCCUCCGCGCUCGCGUCUCCCUCUUCUGUUAAGUCGCCCAAUAGUGGCGGUGCAUCGCCCAUGCUUCUGUCGCCGCUCGCCGGCGGUGGGUAUCUGAACUCUCCGCUGACGGCGACUAAGACAGCGGCGCAGCAGGCUGUGCUGCUGCUGAAGGGGUUGAGAGGGGUGCAGGCGCAGUUAGAAGCGGCUGCAGAGGAAGCUCAUGUGGAGAACGACGCAAUGGAAGAAGCAGCGGUGAGGGAACAGGAAGAGGCGGGAUCGCCGAAGGUGAACAAAUUCGAGGAGGGUUUGGGUGAUGAAAUGUCGUCUACAGAUGAGCCUGCUGAUGAUGUGGUGCUGAUGUCUGUGCCCUGCGUGCUGGUUACUGCGAAGCGGAAGCUGGCCGGGAGACUGGAGAUCAUGCGAACCGUGGUGCAUUUCCACACGGAGUUUGUCGUCGAAGGGAACGGGAGCGCAUCUGUGUUUGAUCAGAACGGCCAGCUGAGACACGACACGGCUGCGACGGCAACCGCGGCUGCUUCUGCUGCGGCUGCGUCUGCUGCAGCAGCAACCGGGGCAUCUGGCCCUUCUUCUGCCUCCUCCUCUGCUGCUUCCGCCACCACUGCUCCUGCACCCGCCGUACCAGAAACCCCUCUUUCAAUUUCUGUCACAGGGAUCGGCUCAGGAGGAGGAUCCGGAGCGACCAACUCGCCUGUAACCCCAACCGGGGGCAUGAUCACGGGGAGCAGCAGCACCACGAGCAGCAGCAGCGGGUCGGUCCCUGCGACGCCCAGCACAGCGUCUCGCUGGCGGCGGCUGCACACAAAGCUGGCUCUUCUCUCCCCUCGAAGCUCCUCCGGAAAGCUGCUGGAGCAGCUGGUGACAAGCAACCAGAAGAACGUGGACUUUCACAACGAUGUGAAGCGGCAUAGGCGGUGGCCGCUGGCUGCUGUGAAGCGCAUCCACAUCACGAGGUAUCUGCUGCGGUUCUCUGCGGUUGAAAUCUUCUUCUCGUCGUCCUACGCGCCUGUGUUCCUCAACUUCUCCUCGGUGGUUAACGCUAAGGAUGUGGCCACCCGCCUGGCGAAUCUGACCCAUGUGAUUCAGAGGAACCGGGGUGGAGACAGGGAUAGGAGCAGCUCAGGUGGAGGCGGGGCAGGAGGGGGAGGUGGGGGCGCGGGCGUGGGAGGGAGCAUCUGGGACGGGGUUUUACUGGUUGACAAGCGGAGGGCGUUGGAUCUGGCUGAGAGGGCCAAGGCGGCGUGGAGGAGGAGGGAUAUGUGCAACUUUGAAUAUCUGAUGGUGCUCAACACACUCGCAGGGCGAUCGUACAAUGACCUGAUGCAGUACCCGGUUUUCCCGUGGGUGAUUGCGGAUUAUGCCUCGGAGGAGCUGGAUCUGAACAACCCGGACACGUUCAGGGACCUGUCGAAACCCAUUGGUGCUCUGGAUGAGAAGCGGUUCCAGAUGUUUGAGGAGCGGUACCAUGGGUUUGCGGAUCCGGACAUCCCGAGUUUCUUCUACGGCUCGCACUACUCCACGGCCGGCAUCGUGCUCUUCUUCCUGCUGCGCAUGGAGCCCUUCGCCACGCUCAACGUCUCCCUGCAGGGCGGCAAGUUCGACCAUGCGGAUCGGCUCUUCCAUUCCGUCGCUUCUGCGUGGUCCAACUGUCUCUCCAACACCAGCGAUGUCAAGGAGCUCAUUCCCGAGUUCUACUAUCACCCCGAGUUCCUGGUCAACAAGAACGGCUACUUCCUGGGAGUGCGGCAGGACGGGCACGCGCUGGGGGAUGUGGUGCUGCCGCCCUGGGCCAAGGGCUCCCCCGAGACGUUUGUGCGCAAGUGCAGGGAGGCGCUGGAGUGCGAGUAUGUGAGCAGCCGCCUGCACGAGUGGAUCGACCUCAUCUUCGGGUUCCGCCAGCGCGGCCAGGAAGCCAUUGACGCGGGCAACGUGUUCUACUACCUGACCUACGAGGGCUCUGUCGACCUAGACGCCAUCACCAACCCCUUCGAGCGGGCCUCAGUGGAGGAUCAGAUCGCCAAUUUCGGCCAGACGCCGCUGCAGCUCUUCCGCAAGCCGCACCCGCGCCGCGGGCCCCCCGUCCCCGUGCUCCGCCCGCUGCUCUUCUCCCCGUCGUCCCUCGAACUCACCUCGCAGCUCCCACCUCCCAUCCUCACCUCCUCCUCUUCCGCCUCCUCCUCUGCCUCUGGUUCUGCCUCCACUGGUGGUUCCUCUGCCCUGACCUCUAUCCCGAGUGGAGGAGGAGGAGGAGGAGGAGGAGCAGGGGGUUUGGGUGUGUCACUCUCUUCUUCUGGAUCAGGACAGCCUGGGGAGGGGGAUGUGUCGGUGGUGUUUGUGGGGUUGGUGGAUGGGAAGGCGGUGACGCUGACUUCUGGUCAGCUGCUGUCUCUGCGCUACUGGAUAUCGCCCUACACACAAUCCGGGGCCUCCUUCACGUUCUCGGGAUCUGUGGAACCCUACAUCGGUUUCGGGGACUCCAUCUUCCUGCGCCGCAUAGGAGCGCCUAUUGCCAGCAGUGUGGAGGCCACGCCCAACUGCUUUGACAUCCUACAGCCGCCCUCAGCAGCGUCCGCCUCUGCGCCGUCGUACCUGCUCACGUGCGGGCACUGGGACAACAGCUUCCGCUGCGUGUCGCUGUCCGAUGGGAAGGUUGUGCGCACCAUUCGCGCUCACAAUGACGUCGUUACCUGCCUCGCUGUAUCAGCGCAGGGCACAUCAAUCGUGACAGGCAGUGCCGACACCACAGUCAUGGUCUGGGAAGUCGAGCGAACCGCCCGCAGCCGGCCGGAGCACGUCGUGUACGACAAGCCUCGUCUCGUUCUGUGUGGGCACGACGACGCCGUGACGUGCGUCGCCGUCCGCUCAGAGCUCGAUCUCGUGGUCAGUGGAUCCACAGACGGAACAAUCAUCCUCUACACUCUCCACCGCGGCCGCUUCUUGCGCUCCCUCGCUCUCCCCUCCACCUCCUCUUCCUCCUCGUCGUCCCUUCGCGGCAACACUUCCGGCAGCACUACUCCAAAGAAAACCUUCACUACAAGCGCGAGCGGUCGGCUGCUCAGCAUUUCCCCUGUCAGCUCUCCCCGUGCCAUUUCUGCAGCAGGCAGUAAAAGCGGCAGCAGCACCACUCAAACGGCGCGAGGCAGCCCGGUGCACAGCCUAGUGGUCUCCACCUCCGGGAUCAUCGUGGCUUACUCUGAAACCGACUUGAUGCUGCACUGUGCGUCUAUCAACGGCGAAUGGCUUGCUUCUGCGGAUGUGAGCGAGCGAAUCGGAGCCAUGGCAACAACUGUGUGUGGAGAUUUCCUGGUCACGGGAGGGAGCUCGUUCGGCGGCGUGGUUGUGCGGUCGAUUUUCACGCUGGAAGAAAUCGUUCGGUUUGACGGGCAGGGUGUGCCGGUGACAUCACUGUAUGUGGCGCCGGAGGAGUGUAUUCUAGUGGGUCUGCAGGACGGCAGGAUUCUCACGUACUCUGUGGAUCCUCAGAACCUCAAGAAGGGCUUGGCCCACUAUGCUCUAUGA